GGCAGCGGCAAACUUCAAAGUCAUAAAUCUUCCUCCUGACUGGCUGGCGGCCCACCAAAGUCCUUAUCAAAUCCUAAGAAGUGAUCCUUCAGUCCCUCAGAUGGUCCAAGGAUAUCUGGAGGAGAGGAAUCGCAGGGACUCCACUUUUCUACAGGAAUACGCUGUUGUGUUUCUUCCAGCGCUCCGACUCUUCGCCUGAGACUGUGAGGAAGAGCGCGAGGAGAAAGUUGGCCAUGGCAGCGGUGGCUGUGCUGAGGAACGACAGUCUACAGGCGUUUCUGCAGGACCGUACUCCAAACUCCUCACCGGAGAACAAGCAUUCACCUCUGGCGCUUUUAGCAGCUACGUGUAACCGCAUCGGGCACCAUCACCACCACCACCACCACCACCCAUCCAACCCAGCUGACUUUAUCCAAGUUCCAUACGACGCGACCCUGGGUUCUCCAUCGCGCAUUUUCCAUCCGUGGAGUAACGAGGCAAAUCCUCAGACUGCUAUUUCCAGCAGUUCCUCUUUCGGACUAUCGUCUAAACCUCCACUUUCUGCGCACCUCCAAGGCUCCUACAGCUCUCCCCAUGAGCUGCCGUUAACACCUCCGGCAGAGCCCUCGUACCCUUACGACUUCUCGCCGGUCAAGAUGUUGCCGUGCUCCGUACAGUCAUUACAGGCCACGUGUCCGCCGACCUACGUCCCUGCUGUGACGUACACGGCUCCAGCGCCCAUGCCACCUGCCGUGCCAGCUUUUGUAGCCGGCCACUCAGGCCUGGUACCCCAACAGCAGAGACAGCUGUCCCCAAAUCCGGCCGAGGACAUCCCGUGGUGGAGCUUGCAGCAAGGCAACGCCGUAAGUCACCCGUCGUCCCUGGCGCCUCACCGUUUUCCUCUCCAGAGGGGUUUAGUGCUUGGCCACACGGACUUGGCGCAGUACCAGAGUCAGAUAGCGGCUCUGCUGCACCCCAAAUCCCCCCUCGCUUCAGCGCGCCGAUGCCGCAGGUGUCGCUGCCCGAACUGCCAAACGUCCAGCUCGAGCGACGAGCCAGGUAAAAAGAAGCAGCACGUAUGCCAUGUUCCCGGCUGCGGCAAAGUUUACGGCAAGACGUCCCAUCUAAAAGCGCACCUUCGCUGGCACUCCGGAGAGAGGCCGUUCGUCUGCAACUGGCUUUUCUGCGGGAAAAGUUUUACACGCUCAGAUGAGCUGCAGAGGCACCUGAGGACACACACCGGAGAGAAGCGCUUCGCCUGUCCCGACUGCUGCAAGAGGUUCAUGAGGAGCGACCACUUGGCCAAACACGUGAAAACACAUCAGAACAAGAAAGCCAAACCUCAUGAGAAGAGCGCAGAACACGUUAAACGGGAAGACACGAGACACAUUUAAAGGACUGGUGCAAUAUCUUGCACUCCUGAAAGUGCACAGAACAUAAAAAGUGGACUUUACAAAAUUUUGCAACUUUCUUAACAACCAUUACCAUGCAAGUUGUUUCUUUUAAAGGCGUGAAAAGUCUUGCUUAUUUGGAAUUUACAUUUCUGG